GCGCGCCGUCUAGCGUCGUUCGCCAGCACUGAAGUGAUAAGUGGCUGCCUUGGGGAGGGGAACGCUAGGCACGGGAAUCCAUCUUGGUAAUAAAAAACAACAAACCAAAAAAAAAAACAAGCCCCCCCCCUCCAAACAAAGAACAAGGGAAGCGAGAGCGACAGCUUCCCCGGUACUCUAUCUCCCCGUUCUCACAUCGUCGACGGCGCUGUGGGGGAGCCCCGGGAAGGGCUUGCUUUGUGGGCCGCUUGUAGGAUGUCCCGUCAUGAGGGUGUGAGCUGCGACGCUUGUUUGAAGGGAAACUUCCGGGGAAGACGCUUCAAGUGUCUCAUCUGCUACGACUACGACCUGUGCGCGUCGUGCUACGAGAGCGGCGCCACCACCACGCGACAUACCACAGAGCAUCCCAUGCAGUGUAUAUUAACCAGGGUAGACUACGAUUUGUACUAUGGCGGCGACACCUUCUCGCUGGAGCAGCACCAGGCGUUCACAUGUCCUUACUGUGGCAAGAUGGGCUUCACGGAGACGUCUUUGCAGGAGCACGUCACCGCCGAGCACCCCGAGACCUCCACCGAGGUGAUUUGUCCAAUAUGCGCCGCCUUGCCCGGCGGGGAUCCCAAUCAUGUUACAGAUGACUUCACAGCCCACCUCACACUUGAGCACAGAGCACCUAGAGAUUUAGACGAGUCCAGCAGCGUCCGGCACGUGCGGCGGAUGUUCCACCCCGGGCGGGGACUGGGCGGCCCCCGAGCGCGACGCACCAAUAUGCACUUUACCGGAGGCUCCACGGGCGGACUGUCCUCGUCCACGUCGUCGUCGCAGAGCUCCACCUACACGCCCAGCAACAGGGAGGCCAUGGACCCCAUCGCGGAGUUGUUGUCGCAGCUGUCGGGCGUGCGGCGCGCAGCGGGAGGCCAGAUCAACUCGUCGGGGCCGUCGGCCUCGCAGCUGCAGCAGCUCCAGAUGCAGCUGCAGCUCGAGCGGCAGCAGGCGCAGGCGGCGCGACAGCAGGUCGAGACGGGCCGCCACGCCACCCGGCGCGGCAACAACCCGGCCAACGCGCCGGCCUCGGCCACCGCCGCCAUCCCACCGCCCAGUGCGGCCGCCGCCAACACGGGCGCGCCCGCUGAAAGCAACCCCUCGUCCUCGUCCCACAACUCUCAGUUUCUAUUAGCGCGGCUGAACGAGCCCAAGAUGUCGGAGGCCGAGCGCCAGCUGGCAGAGGGCGAGCGCGCCGACCGCAGCCUGUUCGUGCAGGAGCUGCUGCUGUCCACGCUCAUGCGCGACGAGAGCUCGUCGUCCGACGAGGACGAGCGGCGGGACUUCGCCGACUUUGGCGCAAUGGGCUGCGUAGACAUCAUGCCCCUUGACGUGGCGCUGGAGCACCUGCAACUCCGCGAGAGAGCCUCCUCCUCCUCCGCCGCCAAGGAGCCUCCGCCGCCGCCUCUUUGAUGUCCAGGCCGUGUGCAGACUCUGUCCCACCUGCUGCAACUGUCAGUGAUGGACGCCACCCCUCUCCCUCCAAAAGCCCGUCAUCCCAUAUUUUUUUUUUUUUUUGUAGGGGGGGUGGGUGGCAAUGAGGAUUUUGGGAGCCGGGUGGUGUGAAUGUAAUGUCAGGCAAAUUUUUUUGUUUUUACGUGUAAGUAAAACUCUAAGGAGCAGCAUACAUGA